AUGAAGCUCUCUGCGUUUCGAUUGAGUUAUUGGAGCCGUCGAGGAAGCAGCUUCCGAUCAUCGGCGUCGUUGGAUCCGUCAUCAUUUGACGGAGGGUGCGUCGGCAAGUCGUCUCCGUCGACUGUCUUCUGGCUCGUGAUUCACGGUCUAUGCUGCUUGAUCAGCUUGAUUUUAGGUUUCCGUUUCAGCCAUUUAGUACUCUUCUUCCUCUUCUCGACUUCCGCCACCAAUUUAUACACUACGCCAUUUCUCUCCGCCGGCACCGAAGGCGUAAGCCAGCUGCUCCGGCUGAAACCUCUCGCAACAGCUAACAACAGCACGGUGAAGUACUCUCGAGUGGUGGUUGGAAGACACGGGAUCCGGAUCCGUCCUUGGCCUCACCCGAACCCGAUCGAGGUGAUGAGAGCUCAUCAGCUGCUCGAGAGAGUGCAGAAGGAGCAGAAAUCGCUGUACGGUGUGAGGAGCCCGAAGACCGUGAUCGCGGUGACGCCGACUUAUGUACGGACUUUCCAGGCGCUUCAUCUGACCGGAGUAAUGCACUCGCUCAUGCUCGUCCCUUACGAUUUGGUGUGGAUCGUGGUGGAAGCCGGUGGGAAAACGAACGAGACGGCGUCGUUUAUCGCGAAAUCAGGAUUGAAGACGAUUCACACUGGGUUUGACCAGAAAAUGCCGAAUACUUGGGAAGAUCGCCACAAAUUGGAGAUCCAAAUGCGUCUUCACGCCUUGAGAAUUGUGCGAGACGAGAGGUUAGAUGGGAUUGUGGUGUUUGCUGAUGAUAGCAAUAUGCAUAGCAUGGAGCUAUUCGAUGAGAUUCAAGCUGUGAAAUGGUUCGGUGCUGUAUCAGUUGGAAUACUAGCUCACUCUGGUAACGCUGAUGAAUUAUCAUCAGUCUUGAUGGAUCAAGAGAAGAAGAAGAAAGAGAAGAAACCAUCAUCAAUGCCAAUACAAGGUCCUAGUUGUGAUUCUUCUGGGAAAUUAGUGGGAUGGCACAUUUUCAACACACAGCCUUAUGCUAAGAAGACUGCAGUUUAUGUCGAUGAGAAAGCUGCUGCGAUGCCUAGUAAGAUGGAAUGGUCAGGGUUUGUUUUGAAUUCCAGGUUGCUAUGGAAGGAAGCUGUAGAUGAGAAACCAACAUGGGUUAAAGAUGUUGAAUUGUUGGAUGGUGGUGAAGAAAUCGAUAGUCCGUUGUCUCUGGUUAAAGAUCCUUCCAUGGUGGAACCACUUGGAAGCUGUGGCCGCCAUGUCUUGCUUUGGUGGCUUCGCGUUGAAGCUCGAGCUGAUAGCAAAUUCCCCUCUGGCUGGAUCAUCAAUUCACCUUUGGAAAUCACGGUACCAUCAAAGCGGACACCGUGGUCAGAUUCUUCCGCGGAGAGGAGUUCCACUAAGCCAAGAAGAUCAAAGAGGAAGGGCUCCGUUGGGAAACAAGAACCGAAAGCUUUUGAUAGUAGUAUCAAAGUAUCAGCAACUCGUUGA